AUGAUGAAGGCCGUUGUUGUGCUUUCGCUUUUGAGCGUCAGUACGCUGGCGCACCCGUCGGGCCUCUGGUGGGGCACCGACGAGUGCUAUCCCAGCCCGGAAAACUCCGACAAUCAGUGCUUGGAGCCGCAGCAGGAUGGCUUUGACUGGUCUGAGCUGGCCGACCCCGACAAUUGGACCUUUGAGGGCUUCAACUUCGUUGGUUUCUCCCCAAGCGAUGCCUGUGGAGAUGCAGGAGGCAAGUGUAUCCAGGCGAGGCUCUCCCGAGACGACGACUACGCGGUCAAAGUGGAAGGGACCGAUGCUCCGUUCUCCGUCACCAACUUCCGUCUCUCGACCUCUCGGGACACCCCUGUCAUUCUCAACUAUGAGAUGCCCGAUGGGACUUACUGUCAUCAGCUCGCUUCCGGCUCGCCGACUGGUGCCGACGUGGCGAACGAGCAGUGUGGUGGCGCGAGGGCCGUCGAGUUUACGCUGCCGGAAGAUAGCCAGUUUGGCGAUUGCGAUCUGAACAUUCAUGAGAUUAACUUUGACUGCUCGACUGGGACAAAGCCUCCUCCCAGUGACGUACCAUCUUCGGCACCUUCCACAUCUUCCACUCCGGAAACGCACGUGGUGCCUAGCUCGACCAGCAUGCCCGAGAAACCGACUGAGAAACCGACUGAGAAACCGACCGAAAAGCCAACCGAAAAGCCAACCGAAAAGCCAACCGAAAAGCCAACCGAAAAGCCAACCGAAAAACCGACGACCACGUCCACCACGUGGAUUGAGCAUCCCACCACGUCUGCGGUGUCGACUGAUCCAUGGACCACCUCUACAGUUUGGACCACCUCUACAGUUUGGACCACCGCAGAGAUCACGAUGACCAAGUGUGCGCCGGAGGUUACGGACUGCCCGACUCACUCGACCGUUGUGGUCACGUCGACCUAUAUUGCGUCGACCACUGUCUGGCCGCCCAGUUCGCUCAAUGUUACCCCGAGCCCCGUCAGCACGACUACUCCUGCCAGUCCCAGUCCGCCAGUUGUGACCGCUCCCUGCCCUGAUCUUGUCCCCAAAUGUCUGAACACCUGGCUUUCGAUUCCCAAGUGCGACUCCAACAGCGACGCCGCAUGCUUCUGCCCGUCUAGCGAGUUCACAGAUAAGAUGAAGACCUGCAUUCAGGCAUGGGGCAAAUCCAAGGAAGAAGUGAACUCCGGGCUCGCUUACUUUGCGGGCAUCUGUGCGCCUUACGUUCCCAAGAACCCCGAGAUUGUCGACAUCUGCGUCCCCCCGGCUGAUGCUGCCACCACUCCCAUGCCGGCCCAGACUACCCCCGCUACGCCGCCUAUGACGACUCCUUGCACGACCAUCUCCUGGGCCUCUCACACGGCGACCGUCCCGCAGGUUGGGUUUAGUACGAUCCCGGUUGGCACCACCAGCACCGUGGCCUUGGUCGUCGGCAAUCCCAAUCACCCAGAGACGGCCGGCCAUCGGACCUGCACCACGACGAUGGCGACUGCGACUGUGCCUACCACUUCCACUACGCCGACAGAGACAUGGGUUGUCUCGAAUGGUGAAUCGAGAGCAUUCUCGCCAAACUUCUGGGCCUUUGGUGCCGCCUUUUUGGUCUUUUGGCUCCACUAA